GAUCGGACUACAUAUGUUUCAUCUUUAGUUGCGUUCUCUUGGUACUAUCACGUUACUCUGCUGAUCGAGAGCAAAAUAUUUUUUCGACAAAAUUGUUUAUUAUUGUAACUUUUACCAGUGUAAGUGUGUACUUUAUAAUCACAUAAUAUCGUCACUGUGUAGUAAAUUAUUAUUAAUAGAAGCAUAGACAAAGAAUAGUAACUAACCAUGAAAAAAGCAGCACACAUUGAUGAUGUUCAACCGUUGACAGUAGAUGAACAUUUAGAACUGUUACUAAAAGAUGAAAGUGAAAUCGACGUAAAAUCUACCACAGCAACACCCGAUGAUCUUCCAGAUUGGUACAAUGAAAAAUUAUUCAAAAUAGGUCAAAAGUUUUACCAGAAUAACAUGAUGCAGAUGAUAUCAUCUAGCUUUGUAGGUCUUCUUGCAGUAAUAGUAAUUCCACAAACACUAAAGGUGCUUUUGUUUACAAAACAAAGUAGUAUACCUUGCAUAGCCUCUGCCAGAUAUAUUCGAACUGCAUUGCACAUAAGAAAUAUAUAUACAUGUGAUCCGAGUGACCCAAAUUCCAAGUGGUAUAAAACAAUCGAUCUAAUUCGCUGGAAACACAAGACAAGCAGCAAAAGAGCAAAAAAAGCUGGCAUUGGAGGAAUUUAUAACAGAGACGUGGCUAUAACACAAUUUGCUUUCAUAGGAUAUGCGUUUGUCGCGCCUAAAUCUGUCGGUUUGCAAUGUACGGAGGAAGAAUGUGAAGCACUUAAUCAUUUCUGGCGCGUAAUGGGUCAUAUGUUAGAAGUUCCCGACCGAUUAAAUAUAUGUCGUAAAACCGUAGCAGAAACUCGCGAAUUGUGCCGAAAGUUAUGUUACGAUGUUUUAGCAGAACAUUUUAAUAAGGCUCCUAUCGAGUUCUACGAGAUGGUGAGAGUUAUAAUAAAUUCAUUAUGGUACAUCGAUGUUACGUUAAAUUAUGACGCUUUCCUGGCGUUUACCUAUCAGCUACACGGUAUCAAAUAUAAAGCACCACUCGGAUGGUACAGUCGAUUAAACGGCAAAUAUCAUGAUUUGAUAUACUAUCUGUGUUGUGUACCUUAUGUUGGAGCAGCAGUAAGAACCUUUUUUAAUUAUUGGCUUAACUUUAUAUUUUGGCUCAUUCAAAAUUAUCCUCUACACGCAUGGAUGAAAUUCGGAAUAAACAAUUUCGAGAUCAAGCUAUAUCCUAAAUACAAGUAGUUUCAAGUUUGUCAGUGUUGUGAAUCAGUGUUGUUCUAUAUACUUGUAAUUUUAUCUAUUAUAUUUUCUGUAUUAUAUUCAUAUUUUUAUGAAAGUGUCGUGAUUCUAUCCACUAUAUAUUUCCACUAUAUUAAUAUAAGAUAUUUUUGCACGCUCGCGCAAAGGCAUGAUCGUUUAAAUUUCGCGUUGUUAGAAAUAAAAGUUUUU